GGACAAAGACCCUAGAACUUGGUUUGGCAGGCCCGUUCUAUGUAGAGUGAUGUGCGUAUAUAAAUCCACAUCACCGCCGUUCUGCAUACAGUAACUUUUGAGCAUUCGUGUAAAACACAUAAUAGUCCUCCCUCCUUUUAUCAUGAAGGCGUUUGUCGCAGUGAUCGCACUAGUGGGAGUGAUCUCCCAGAGUGGAUUGGGCGUGUCCGCAGACCAAGGCCAGCAGCCUUACUAUUUCAUCAAGCCGGAGGGAGUCGAUUCGGCUGAGCAAUGCGAGACCUACGCCACCGAAAACGAGGUCGUCACCUUCAACUGGCCGGUGUACACCACCCCUGGGAAUUCCGAAAUCUGCAUUUACUUCCCCGUCCUGAGUCAAUGGUUGUUGCACCAAGGCGAGAACGUGGAUUGCGUGGGCGAGUGUUGCCGUUGGUUGCCUCCUCCUGCCAAUGAUGGAACCAAACCGGCCCCAUUGCCCGAGGCUCUGCUCAGUUGGUACGAGGUCGAUGCCUUGAGCGAAUGUGACAAUGAUGCUUCUGCAGCCAAGAACCCCUUCAUCAUUCAGGGCGGCCAGAACGGUGAGGAGCGAUCCAUCUGUGUUAACUCUCUGGAGUCUACCGACACUUUCACCAAGACCGUGGGCACAUUGGUGGGCUGCUCGCGCCCCGAGAACGCUUGCUGUGCAUUCCUCACCCCGGAAACACGAGAAAAGCUCGACGAGGCACAACCUCAAUAAGAAACUCGUCAUUUGUCACGCAAAGGUUGCUUUAAAAACUUAUCAAAUAAACAUCUGAAUUAUUA